AUGACGGCCUCGACCCGCGCACCUAGUCUUCUCCUCAACCCCGCGAAAUACAUCUGCACUCGAUGCGUCUAUCGAAAUUCCCUCGCCAGUUUGCGAUGGUCCUCCACUGAAGCAUCCUCCCCUCCACCACUGCUGAUCAAGAUCAAAGCCGAUCUCAAGGCUGCUAUGCGUGCAAAAGAUGCUCCAAGGCUCGCCGUCCUCCGUGGCACCAUUUCCGAGAUCAAUCAGCUUGCCAGUGGAGAUCGUCCUGUGAAUAGUGACAUGCAGAUCCUGGCUUUGUUGAAGAAACGAAAAUCAGCAACAGAAGAAGCUGCUGCGGAGGCCAAGCGAGUCAAUCGUCCAGACUUGCAGGAAAAGGAGGAACAGCAGUUGGCCGUCAUAGAGGAAUAUGCCAGCAGCAUAUCCUUGAUGGAUGUCGCUGCAAUGAGGCAGGUGGUGAGGUCUGAGAUUGAGACAUUGAGGUCUUCCGCGACUCAGGACCAGUUGAAGCCUGGCAUGGUCAUGAAACAUUUACUGGCAGACGAUGGGCCGUUGGGUGGUAAGGCUCUCGAUAAAGCCAAGCUAGCCGAGCUGGUGCGAGAGGAGUUGAUGAGCAACCAUCAGAAUUCCUAG